AUGAUAAAGAAGACCAGAGAUCCAAGACUGAUAUACACAAGGUCGGUGAUGUCCAAACAUCCUUUCGGAGUCAAACCCCAAGGUAAUGCGCUACUUGAAGAUCCCAGGAUGACGUAUGCUUUGAGAAAGCAAAGUCUAGGUGAUCUAUCUGUGUUAUCGGACGAUUGUCUUAUGUACUUGCUUGAUUUCAUUGAUGAUAUUGAAUCGUUGAAACAACUUAUGGCCACUUCAAAGUACUUGUUUGUGUUUACCAAUGACGAAGACUUAUGGAAGAAGAGAUACACCAGUCAAAAUAAGAAGGAACAAUUGAAAUGGAGAGGAAGUUGGAAGAGGUCGGUGUUGGGAUGGAAUAACGAUAUAAUAGUCAAUGUUGAUUUGAAUUCAGAGGUGAUCUAUAGACCUUUCCAAGUGGCAAAUAUCGUCUACGAAAGUCUCUUCCACAACUUAGUUGAAGCUGAAAUGAACAACAAGAAGUUAUCUAUCAAUGAAGAAGGACGUAUCCCAAGGUUUGCCAAAAUAUCCCAGAAACAAUUCGACGAUAUCGAAACCCCCUUUAUCCUCACUGACCACAAAUGGCCGCAAUGGACACUUGAGGAGCUCAACUCCAAGUAUGGAAGUAUCAAAUUUCAACAAGAAGCGGUCAAGUGGCCAUUGUCCACAUUUAUUGAAUAUUUGCAGUCAAAUAAGGAUGAGAAUCCACUUUACCUUUUUGACUGCCGGAGUGAAGCAAUGACAGAACUUCGCAAACAGUACCAAGCUGAAAUACCUCAAGUGUUUCAGGAAGACUAUUUCAAGCUUUUGGGUAACCACAGACCUGAUCACUCGUGGUUGAUAGUGGGAAGUAAGAGAAGUGGUUCUACCUUCCACAAAGACCCCAAUAACACUAGCGCAUGGAAUGCCUGUAUCACCGGGAAGAAGCUUUGGGUGAUGCUUCCACCACACAUAACACCUCCGGGUGUAUCUGUUAGUGAAGACCAAAGUGAAAUUACUUCACCAGUGGGAAUUGGUGAGUGGGUGCUUUCUGGAUUCUACAACGAUGCCAUCAAAAUCCCCGAAGCUUUGGUGGGAAUCACAUUUCCAGGAGAGUGUAUGUAUGUACCAUCCAACUGGUGGCACUUGGUGAUAAAUCUAGACAACUCAAUUGCCAUUACAGAGAACUUUGUUCCAGAAAAGGAUCUUCAGAAUGUCUUGACCUUCUUUCAAACAAGACCCGAGCAGAUCAGUGGGUUCAAGCUCAAUGAUAUUAAGGGACUCAUUAACAUUCUUUCGUGCAAGAAUCAGAGGAUUUCCGAGUUUAUCCAACUUCUCGAAGACUCUUCCAUUGACUUGUUCGAAGACUGUGGAGAAUUGGAAAACUUGCCCCAAGUGCCAAUUUUCGACAUCUUCAAGCAGUUACUUAUGGACAAUGGAAAGGAAGCAGUUUUGAGCCAAAUUCUCGAGCGAAUGAAACCCAAAAGACCCCAGAAAAGAGUCUGGUCGUGUAUAAGUGAGUCUUCUACAGACGCAUCACCAGUUCCGUUCUCAUUUAAUUUUUCAGUCGACUGA